AUGGAGCUGCCUACCGUGAACCUGAAGACGAUCCUGCUGGUUCACUGGCUGCUGACGACCUGGGGCUGCAUCACGUUCUCGGGCCCCUAUCCCUGGGCCAACUUCACCAUCCUGGCCGUGGGUGUGUGGGCCGUCGCUCAGCGGGACUCCAUCGACGCCAUAAGUCUGUUCCUCGGUGGCUUGGCGGCCACCAUCUUCCUGGACAUCGUCCACAUCAGCAUCUUCUACCAGCGGGCUGGCUUCACGGACACAGAGCGCUUUGGUGCCGGCAUGGCCAUUCUCAGCCUGCUCCUCAAGCCCUUGUCUUGCUGCUUCAUCUACCACAUGUACCGGGAGCGCGGGGGUGAGCUCCUGCUCCAUAUUGGUUUCCUUGGACCAUCACAGGAGCGCAGUGACUACCAGACGAUUGACUCACCAGAGGCGCCCACAGACCCCUUUGUAGGCUCGGAGGGCAGGGGUCACUCCCCGCAAGGGUACUGAAGCCAGUCUGCUUUGGCCCCAGCGCAGGGGCCAAUGGAGCAGACCCCAUCGACAGCCCAGGCUGCAUCGCCCUCCUUGUGCCUUGGAUGGCAUUCUAGAGAUGUUCCUGACCUCCACCCCCCUUUCUUGGACCGUGUUCUCCUGUUGCCCAUCUCCCUAGUCAAGUGCCCUGAGUGGCCCGGAGCCCCGUGCACACCUGCCCCAGACUCCCUGAGGCCUCCUCUCCCUUCAAGCCACCCCAGUGGUCUGAGGCUGGGAACCGUGGUCUCUUUCCUCACCUCCCGUAGCGGCUCCGCGUAGCCCCUGUCCAACCAUGCCUGAGCCAGUCCUUGCCCAUAGUCUAUUGACCUCGCCCACAGAAGCUCUGAGAGCUUUGGGUCAUGCUCAGUCCUGGGAGCAGCCCAGCAUGGGGGUGAGGUCCCUGUGCUUCUCACUGCCUGGCAACUUGGUGCUUAGGGACCUUGGGGCUGGAGGCAGGAGGUGUCUGCAGCACCUGAGAGCCACCAAGGCCUCCAGCUGCCCUUCCCACAGCCAUGGCCUUCA